GUCACCAUAGCUCGCACAUCCCGCCUCUCUGUCCGAAUCGCGACGGUAACCCGAUCCACCCAGAGAUCUUGCAACCACACGCGAUGACAGCCGAGCUCGUCGACGCCGCCUUCCUGUCGCGCCUCGAGGCGCUCUAUCCCUCGACGUCAUCCGCAUCGACCUCGCCCUCGCGCGCGGUCGUCGACAGCCCGUGGUACGUCGCCGCCGCGGUCGCGUACAGCGCCGCGAACCGGCCCGAGGCCGUCCCGCGCGUGUUCGAGUACGUGCUCGCCAAGGUCGACGAGCCCGCGGAGCGUCUCCGGCUCGCGCGCAAGCUGCGCGACGCGCUGUUCAAGUCGGGCAUUAUCGGCGGGUACCCGAAGGCGAUCAACGGCAUGGUGGCGCUCUCGGAGGCGACCCCGGACGAGUUGAGGGACAAGGAACCCCUCCGCGAUAUGAAGGAAAGCAAGGAAGGCUGGUUCGCGCGCGGCGAGGCCUUCUUCGGCGAGACGUACGGCGAAACGGCGAAGGGCACGUCCGCGCUGCUCAACAAAAUCAGCCCCGAUUUCGGGUACUUCUGCAUCGGGCCCGCGUACGGCUUCGUGUACUCGUUCGAGGACAUACUCAGCAAGGCGGAGACGUCGUACAUGAUGAUCUCCGGGCUCGUCGCCAUCGACUGCCCGCGCCAGAUCAACUGGCACCUGAGCGGCGCGGUGCGCAACGGCGCGACGGUGGAGCAGACCAAGGCGAUCCGGCAGAUCGCGAUGGAAGUCGCGCAGCGAUGCGGUGUGAGCUGGCAGGGCGAGGUGCCCGACCUGUGAUGCAUUACUCUCUGUCGAUAUCCUGUUUGAGCGAGCGUAGAGAGCGCCCUUCGUGGCGUCAAAGUCCAAGAUCCGUGUCCGGGUUCUUUCAGAUGUCGAUAGAUACGAUCUGAUGAUGUCACUUACCUGCUAUAGCACUUCGGUGUACUAUGUUCCGGAGGAGGUGUGCAUGCGUUCGUUGACUCCGUGGCGAUCGAUCGC